CUAAGUUCGGGUGACGUCACGGGCUUGAGGCAUCUCAAGUUGAAGACUCCGGGCACCAUUUGCUCUGUCGGAGGUAAAGGAAAGACCCUUUUCCUUUGCGGACGACCUCGUUGGCUCGCCGUCAUGCCGUCCCCGCUCGCAACGAACCCGAGCACGGAACCCGAACCAUUCCCGACGUCCAGCAACCCGCAAACCUUCGGCUCGACCACGACUCUUCGCCGGAGCAAGUUGUCCCUGGUGGAGAGUUUCUCUCUGGGUGGGGACGUGUACGAGAUCCCGGGACGCGGUGCGGAAAGCGAGGGCAACGAGGUCUACCUGGAUGACCCGGUUUUCCCGACUGCCGUGUUGGUGUGCUGGAAAGGGAUCGAGGGGUGUGACGGUGCUGCACCCUGGCAUCCCACGUCGUCCAAGAUUCUUGACUCGGCCAAUGUCCUGCUGUACACUUGUGAUUCGGAGCGAAGGGUUCAGUUGAGCGGCUGGCUGAAGACAGAAGGAAGCGUGGUGAAUGCAUCUUUCAUUGCGACUUGCGUCUCUGACCAAGCUUCAAUCAGCUUCUGCACUUUGGAGCUUCCAUUGUUGUACAGGGAAAAUUUGUUCGUGAAGUUGUGCGAAUAUGACAGUGGUGUGAGCGGCUACAUGGGCAUGGAUGGGGGUGUCUGGCAAGUGGGAGUGAACCAGAUUCCUUUGACUGGCCAGCUCACCGCAUCUGCGUUUACUCCUUUGGCGACGACAGCUCAUACGGUCCAUCUCGUUAUGACGUGCCAGGAUCGCUCGUUGAUUUUCCACACAUUCACGCGUUGGUCAGCAACUGAACCCGUGUCUGAGAAAUUGACUCUGGAAUUCGUGGGCAGCUGCGUGAAUUGGCAUCCCGACGGAAUAGUUUUUGGCGUCGGUGGAUCAUCUGGGGAAGUUCAAGUAUUUGACUUGGGAUUGAACGUCAUCAGGGUUGUGACGCAUUACCAUUGGCUCAAGCCGGUGACGAGCAAAUUCAUGCAUUUGGGGGAUUUUUCAAGACAUCGCCUGCCGAUUUAUAGUUUGAAGUGGACUCCCGUGCCAAAAUGCAAAUCUCUUUUCAAACAUCCUUCUCCGGACACAACUGGAUUGUUGGUACAAACGUUGAGAGGGCCUUUCUGUUUUCUGCUUUUCACUGGGACGGGUUUUCCGUCACCCUGGGGAUUGCCUUCAUUGACGUCGAUGUACCUGAAAUUCGAACUCGUCUCGUGUGCUGUUUCGCUGCUUUCUGCUGUCGGUUGGAACGGCGACGGGACUGAGGCCAUGGCUGCGUUGUCAUUUAUUUGCAACAAGCUGAUGAAAGCUAGUCUCACAUCGGAGAACCUCAUGACGAUUCAGGCUGCGUUGGGAACGUUCCAUGCGUCCAAGAAGCCAUUGUCGAGUGCAGUGAUGGCGAGACAUGGAGGUUUCGUUCGAAAUUUGACCCGUCGGUUCUUCUUGCUACUGCUCAAACACCAAGAUUGGGUCACGAGUUUCCGACUCGCGCUGGACUUGGCUGACCCGGACCUGUUCAUGGACCUUCAUCACUGCGGCAAGGCCGUGGGAAACUUGGAACUCGCGUCUUCAGCACUGUCGCAAAUGCAUCUGCUGACUGGCGGGGGUGGAGGUCAUCAGUCGCGAAUCAACCCGCAACGCCCUCUGUUGGCUGACGAGGACAAGUACAAGGUGUUCAGCGGAUCGGUUGGAGGCACUUUCAACGUGCUGGAGAAGCAGCUGAAGAAUCUGAAACUGUCUUUGCGAGGGAUCGAGAGUCCUGCUAGUACUAGUACUAGUGCCGGUGCUGGUGUUGUUGGGGUUCCAGUUAUUAUCCAGGGAGACGAUGCGGAGGAUGAAGAGGAAGAAGGUGUUCAAGUUGUGCAUUUCGGAGUGGUUUGAAGAUAUAUAUGAGUGAUCUGGUGCUACCCGUAUAUUUUUUUAAAAACUGUAUUCCCUGGGGUCGGCUAUGUGGAAAUGCAGACCAAAGAUCUCGAUUCUA